CCUCCCCCCACCCCCGGGCGAUGCUCUCGCGAGGUGAUGUAAGCUGAACGCGCGGACGCGCGUGCACGCCCGAGGAGCCCCGUCCGAGGUGCGCGCGUACAUUUGUGUGUUUGCGCGCGCGCGUGUGUGUGAGGAGGAAGAGGAGGUGGAGGUGGAAGAGGAGGAUGGCUGCCGGGAAGCUGCUGCUCUACGCCGGCCUCUCGCUGUCCCUGUGCGCGCUGGGUAUGCUGGCCGUGGCCGUGUGCUCCGACCACUGGUACGAGACGGACGCGCGGCGCUACCGCGAGCGCUGCCGCAGCUUCGCGAGCCGCCGCAAGGACCCGGGUUUCAUCUACAUCCCCAAUAACAGCCUGCCGCUGCGCGCCUCCGCCGGCGGCCGCGCGCGCCUCGACCGCUGGGAGGAGAGACUGCUGCUCGCGCGCAACCGGCGCCAGCUGUUCGCCAUGAGCGCGGCGGACGAGUGUAGCCGGCAGUACAACUCCACCAACAUGGGCCUGUGGAGCAAGUGCCACCGCCUCGGCUUCGACCAGGACAUCGAGGACCUAAUUCGGAAAGGCUCAAUUACAAGAUGUUCCUAUAUCAAGUACCACUAUUCUUCAGCUACGAUACCCAAGAACCUGUCCUACAACAUCACCAAGACCAUCCGGCAAGAUGAGUGGCACUCCUUGCACCUGCGGAGGAUGACGGCUGGCUUCAUGGGCAUGGCUGUAGCCAUCAUCCUGUUCGGCUGGAUCAUCGGCAUGCUCGGCUGCUGCUGGGACCGAGGCCUCAUGCAAUAUGUGGCAGGUCUGCUCUUCCUCAUGGGCGGCACAUUCUGCAUCAUCUCGUUGUGCACCUGUGUGGCGGGGAUUAAUUUUGAGUUGUCUCGUUACCCACGCUACCUAUACGGGCUCCCGGAUGACAUCAGCCAUGGGUACGGCUGGUCCAUGUUCUGUGCCUGGGGUGGACUGGGCCUGUCACUAAUCGCCGGCUUCUUCUGCACGCUGGCGCCCUCCGUCCAGCCGCUCCCUCGCUCCACCUGCCCCAAGUCCCGGCAAGAAAAUGGCACGGUGUGUUAAGCGGAGGCCUCCCGGGGCACCACGUCCACCAUAAAGCCACUGCGCGGACAUAUACUCUGUAUAUGUCACCCAAGGAACAUAUACAUAGUAAGACAACUUGAUGACCCAAACCAUGCGUUCAUUUCGAGUCAUUUCUAAUCUCACCGACCAGGCCACAGAUGCCAUUUUUGUGUGAAUUUGCAAGUGUCUUGAUCGUUCAAAGAAAAAUAGAUGAAAAUGUAACAAACAUAUACUACUUUAAGGUAGUACUCUUGUGUUGGUGGACUUUGCCAUUCCUGAGAUGCCGAAGGGGAGACAUUAAAAAAGAAAAACUUUGCAAAUUAUUUCCCAUGCCCACAAGAACUUUGAGAAGGGCAACAUGAAAUGGCAACAGAGACUUUGUACAUCAGUAUAUGAAAAAUACAGAAGCAUGGAGCUUGACAGGUUUGUGACAGAAGUUCCUAGAUGUUUUGUCUUUGUCUCCAUGUCGCUGAAUUGGUGCUUUGGGACUGAGAAAAGGUUCCAGCACUUGUGUGGGGUUUUUUUUCUUGUGCAUUUAGAGAACACCAGGAACAGCCACUGAAUUGAGACAGUGCCAAUUAUGUGAAGGCAGCAGUUCACGGUGGUUACGGAAUGCAGAUGAGAGAGGGAACCUUCAGAAGCAAUGGAUUCUGCAAUGCAGAAACACUGACAUAGAUGUGAACGGUCCAGUUUAGUCUAAAGUGUCAAAGAUCAACAUUGGACACUGGAGACUACAACAAGGCCUUUAGGGUGCACCUAAGAGAUUGGUACUGAACACACACAAGUUGACGUUUCUAAGAGAAGAACAUUUUGAGGAACGGAUGUGUCUGCUGGUGCCAGUAUUUCUCAACUGCUGUAUAGCAAAUUGUAAAUAAUCCUCCAGAGAAAACAAAAAAUCAUUACCAUGGGGACAGAUUUUAGAGCAUUUACUUUCCCCUGGGAGGGGGUUCCAUUCUUCCAUUCUCAAAUGGGAUCAAACAUUUUUAACAUGGUGGUCCACCGUUUUUUGUGUGCUUUUGUUUUCUAAAAUUGACGAGUAUCAUGAAUGGUUGUGUGUGUGAGUAUCUGUCCUCCAUUUUGCUCUCAUAGAUAAAUGUGUUGGAGGGUGAGUGUUUUUAGCCUCUGCAGAAGAAAAAAAGAGGAGAGGGAAAAACAAUGCUGUCACAAAAAAUAACACAAACUCAGAACCUGCCUUGAGGGAACAAUAGGUAGGUUCUUUGAUGAACAGAAGACAACUAAAAAGGAAAGAUGCCAUAUCCUGUUUAAAAGAACUAAGCCCCGAGUUUCUGGAAGUCACUCCUGUAGACAGAGCUUGCAGAGAUUGAAGGAAGCCUCAGCAUCACAGCGUUGCUGCCUUAAGCUCGUCUGUGAGGUGGCACUUAUUCCUUUUGAUAGGAACACACGCUGACUCUCUUCUGAGAGUGCUCGCUAAAGAAGCCCUCAUUUGAUGUUGGUUAAUGUGAUGCCCCAUUGUAAUGGGGCUCGCUGAAAAGACAUGGUAUUUGCUAGGGGUGCACAAUAUGUUGGCAGCAGAUAUAUUAUAAGUGGAUGAUACAGUUGUGCUCAAAAGUUUACAUACCCUGGCAGAAUUUUUGCUUUCUUGGCCUUUUUUCAGAGAAUAUGAAUGAUAACACAAAAACAUCUUUUCCACUCAUGCUUAGGGGUUGGGUGUAACCAUUUAGAUAGAUGUUUUUGUGCCAUCAUUCAUAUUCUCUGAAAAAAGGCCAAGAAAGGGAAAUUCUGCCUGGGUAUUUAAACUUUUGAGCACAACUGUAAAUGCGAAAAUCGGCUGUAUAUUGACAUUACAGCCCAUAAAUCAGCACCCUGUUUUUAGCUUACACAUGCACUGAUAGGUAGUCCCUAGUGCUGACCAUUCCCAUUCUUUUCUUCUCAUUAAAACAGAUAGCAUUGUGGAUAACAGCACCAACCCUCCCACAGAGUAUUACACUAAUAACUGUCCUUGGGCAAGACUCUUAAUGCUGCAUUCAGCUACCUUUGUAAGUGGCUCUGGAAUUAUAAUUAGUGUACUAAAUACAUAAAUGUAAAUGUUUACAACAGCUAUUACAUCUGAUUUAGCUAAGCCAUGGCUAUCUAAAAUUAAUCAAUGGGUAAUAAUUGGUUCCUAUUAUCAGCCCAGAUAUUCUGCACUGCCCCAUUCUGCAUCUCUAGCAUUUGCGUGCUUCUUGAUUAGUUUAGACAAAGGUGAUUGAGAAAAUGUGGCUCGAAAUGCAAAAAAGCAACCUCGAAAUGGAGGACGAAAGCAUUCAUUAAAUAAAGCACAAGCUUAACACAAUCGCUAAGCCCUUAACGCUAUUGGGUCCUUUUGAUCCCAGAUCAAGCCGUGAUGCUCACACUGAUCUGAUUAUAUUAUUUCUCCCCUGAUCACAGCAGCAUUAAUUUCAUAAUUUAAUAUCCAUGCUUCUUCAUUGUGCUUUUCUGUGAGAACAUUUUAAGUAUUCCAGGUAUACAGUGCAUAGUGUCAUCCUGCUCACAUCAAAUCUCAGAUGGUGUCCUGAAUCCCAGCCUGGCCCAAUCAUAGGCUGGGGUGAUACUGUAGUGUGCCUCUGUUUGUGUAACUACUAAUCCAGGUGCUCAUCCCUUCCUGUAAUCAUCACAGCUGUAGCUCCACACAGGUGACGUAGUUACACAGCACAGAAAAGAACAUUCCUGCCUCCACAAGCCAUUUGGGACGUAGGACAAUUUAAUGGACAAUAACUGUAACAUGUUUCCCAGUAUAUAAAUACUUAAAAAGAAUAGAAAAUCUGUUUAUUCAAAACACGCUUAUAAUAAUGGCCAAUGGGGAGUUGCUUCAGAGAGAUUUGGCUGAAAAUUGCUGGAGUAUUCUAGUAUUCUCCUAAUUAACAAGUGGACAUCACAUGAUCAGAUGAUAUUGACCUUAAUAAAGUAGGGCUGGUCUGAAUGAUUUAAAUACUACAGUAGUCAUUCAUUCAUUCAGAUAUUCGUUCCCUUAUUAAGUAUUCGUGUUUACGAUGGAAGUGAUAUUAGGCCAUAAAUAAAUCAGAUCAUACCCACUUAAUGUUAACUUAAGUUUGGUACACAGCCACACUCCCCCCAUGGUUUCACAAGUCACUCCUUUUCCUUGAAAUACUAAUGCAAGGUAUGUUAGUGAAAGAUAUUAACAUGGUCAAUAACGUAUAAACAAAGAGAAGAGAAAUUCAAGUUAAUUUGCUUGGCUACAGUUGUGACUGUUGACCAACAUUCAGAUGAAGAAGCUGAGUGUGGCCUCUGUCACUCAUUUAGCCACUGCAAAGCUGAGAAAAGGGGAUUCCUAUAAGAUAUGAACAGAUUUAUGGUCACCUAGCAAACUUGUUUUACUCAUGACAGCAAUGAACGUGGACGACUGAAUUGGCAAUGGAAUACAAAUUCGUAUCCAUUCGGAAAAACAAAGUACACCUGCAGUUCCACUCAUAAUAUCAACUACUUUCUUUUUGUUGUUACUGAAUAUAAAUAAAACAACAACGUAUUUGUAGCAUAAUUAGAGUUUUUACUAAUUGGCAGCUAUAUAACAAUUGAUAAGACGACUCUUUAGCAAAACAGCUGUGUACGUUUUUGACAACUGUCACACAGCUCCCAAACUUUCUUGCUAAAGUGGCUGAACUGACUAUUAGAACACAUCACUAAACAAAUGGGAAUGGUUGGUGAUAUUAACUUCCUGUUUCUUGCACAUUAGUAUAUGGGAGGGGGAAAACUUCUCAAGAUGGGUGGUGACCAUG